AGUUAGGGCCUUGAGUGUUUGCGUACUAUUAACAAAUCACAAUGAAGUCAGAUGCUACUUGUCAGAAAACCACUGUUGAGUUAGUUUUAUGUUCUAGCAUCAGUCCUGUGGACACCACUAGAAUCUCCAUUCGUUACGUACCUGUGUUCAUGGUGUACAAUGUCGUGGUAGCAUGUUUACAUAUUUUGCUGUCGUGCAAAGUAUCAUAAAUGUGACCUAUAUUUUGAUAACAAUCAUAAUAAUUUUUACAUUUUUAUAUCCAAGUUUAAAAAUUGAAAUCAUUACUAUUAAUCAUCCAUGUUCUUCCACAACCAGUAUCAGUAAGAUCAAUUUGAUCAAAUUUUCUCUACAUGAUCAAGUGGCAGUUGAAAUUUUGAAAGUUUUCAUCUCAUCAACAUUUUAUAGUUUAACAUUAUGUGUGAUCUACCCAAUUUUGCCGGUUCAUCUAGAGUUGCAGCAGCAUCAUUGCAUCAUGUACUACAUCCAGGAUGUUUGUUUCCGUCACUAGCCAUCUGUAAGCUUUCUCCAGCGGCCAUUUUGAAAGUGUAACUAUCUGUUGUAGUCUGGAGGUUCACACGGAGAAUUACGUAUGUGAGGCUGGGGACGGCCCGGCUCGCCUGGAUCACAAGGCUGUGGGAAGACGACCAUUUGACAAAAUGGCAACACUGUUGGCGUAUCUGGGCCCCCCAGAGCAUCGGCCCCUAGACUCUCAGUGGAGCAGUAUGGACAUGACAAGCACCAAGUUUGAGGAGAUCAUGUCCAAGCACAACAUGCACGAGAAGGAUGAGUUCAAGUCUCUGAAGAACCAACACAUCUUCUAUCAGGCAGGAACGAGCAAGGGAGGAAAUCCUGUCUUCUACUACAUCGCCAGGAGAUACAAAGUUGGUGAAAUUAAUGGUGAUCUUCUGAUCUACCACGUGCUGCUCACUCUCAAGCCCUUCUACCACAAGCCCUUCGAGCUGGUCAUAGACUUCACCCACACAUGCUCUGAGAACCGAUUCAGGGUAAGUAUGACCGACUUCCUGUCAAAGUGGUUUGUGGUGAUGCCAGAGAACGUGUACCAGAACAUCGUCGCCGCCUACAUCUACAACUGCAACUCCUGGGUACGCGAAUACACCAAGUAUCACGAUCGCAUCCUCGCACCUCUACGCGUCAACUAUAACAACCGGAAGCUUAACUUCAUCGAUCAUCCGGCCAAGUUGAACGAAUACAUCGACCCUGACCAGCAGAAGUUGCCAGGGACAACUGUCUCCCUGGAGGAGGAUCUCAGAGUGUUCAACAAUGCUCUCAAGCUUUCCCAUAAAGACACUAAGGUUGCCAUAAAGGUUGGUCCAAAUGCCAUCCAGGUGACGUCCUCGGAGAAGAGCAGAGUGUUGGGACACCAGGUUCUCCUUAAUGAUGUCUACUAUGCUGCGGAGAUAGAGGAGGUGUGUCUAGUAGACGACAAUCAGUUCACACUGACUAUCGCCAAUGAGAGUGGCCCUUUGUCUUUCAUACACAAUGACUGUGAUAACAUUGUCCAAGCCAUCAUACAUAUCAGGACUCGCUGGGAACUCUCACAGCCGGACACUGUGGCAGUUCAUACAAAGAUCCGCCCUAAGGAUGUGCCCGGAACGCUACUGAACGUGGCUCUCCUGAAUCUGGGCAGCUCGGACCCCAGUCUCCGGUCAGCUGCCUACAACCUGCUGUGUGCUCUCACCCAGACCUUCGACCUGAAGAUAGAAGGUCAACUACUAGAGACCAAUGGUCUGUGUAUUCCUGCCAACAACACCAUCUUCAUCAAGUCCAUCAGUGAGAAGCUGGCGGAGAAGGAGCCGCACCUGACGCUGGAGUUCUUGGAAGAGUGUAUCCAAGGUUUUGGGAACUCCAACAUUGAGAUGAAGCACUUGUGUCUGGAGUACAUCACACCCUGGCUGCCCAACUUGACCAGGUUCUGUAAGCAGUGUGAUGAAAACAAGAGGCAGAAGGUGGCGCUCAUACUUGACAAACUCAUCACCAUGACGAUAGAGGAAGAAGAGAUGUACCCAUCCAUCCAGGCCAAGAUCUGGGGCAACAUUGGUCAGAUCGGGGACCUCCUCGACAUGGUGCUAGACAGCUUCAUCAAGAGAAGUGUCACGGGUGGUUUGGGGUCCAUACAGGCGGAGAUAAUGGCGGACACAGCAGUGGCACUCACCUCCGCCAACGUCCAGCUGGUGUCUCGGAAGGUCAUCGGUCGCCUCUGCAGGCUGAUAGACAAGACAUGCACGUCACCCACACCUACACUGGAGCAGCAUCUGAUGUGGGAUGACAUCGCCAUCCUGGCUCGCUACCUCCUCAUGUUGUCUUUCAAUAACUCACUUGAUGUUGCUAGUCACCUCCCAUUCCUCUUCCACAUCGUUACUCUGCUAGUCUCCACGGGACCGCUGUCGUUGCGGGCGUCCACGCACGGACUCGUCAUCAACAUCAUCCACUCACUCUGCACAUGUUCACAACUACACUUUGGGGAGAGCCCAAAUUCAGACAAUCGAUCUCUCUCCCCAGAGAGCACCCUCCAGGUACUCAAGCUGAGUCUGGCGGAGUUUUCACUCCCUAAGUUUUACCAGCUGUUUGGGAUCAGCAAAGUUAAGUCUGCGGCCGUCAGUGCCUUCAGGACCAGUUACCGCCCGGGGGAUAGAUCGUUCACCAUGUCUCCGCCCGAGAAUGAGAAGAUGCCUCUAAGUUCUCUCGAGGCCAUCGCCGACGCCUUGCUGGAGAUCAUGGAGGCCUGUAUGAAGGAUAUCCCCAGCUGUGAGUGGUUACAGCAGUGGACAGACCUAGCCAAGAGAUUUGCAUUCCAGUAUAACCCAGCCUUGCAGCCAAGGGCCAUCAUUGUGUUCGGGUGCAUCAGUAAGUCUGUGACUGACUCUGAGGUGAAGCAGCUCCUUAAGAUCAUGAUGAAGGGCCGUCCUCCCUAUUCCUUGACCUUCACCCACACCUGUACUCUGCAAAGUUUUGGCGAGAAGUCGGACUCCCUACAGGACCAAAUGGGCCCCCGACGAACCCAGCCAUCUUGCAUUGAGGCCCUGGAGUCCUACACCGAUCUGACGUUGAUCGAGGCUGUCGUCAUGUGUCUCACCAGGCUACAACCCAUGCUGAAGGCGGAGUCUCCAAUCCACAAGUUCCUGUUCUGGGUGGCAAUCUCAGUACUGCAGCUGGAUGAAGUGUCAUUGUACGCGGCGGGACUUGCCCUGCUGGAGCAGAACCUACACACGCUCGACAACAUGGGGCUGUUCGAGAAGAAGUCCCUGGAGAAGAUCAUGAUGGAGACGCGGGAGCCCCUGGAGUGGCACUUCAAGCAGCUGGACCACUACAUGGGCCUCAGCUUCCAGUUCAACUUCAACUUUGCUCUGGUUGGACAUUUACUCAAAGGAUUCCGACAUCCAUCCCCCACGACUGUGUCCCGGACAAUCCGCGUCUUGCAUCAGCUUCUCAGUAUUACAGUGAAACCAAGUGUCAGGGACAAGUUUGAGGUGACCACACAGACUGUGGCAUACCUUGCAGCCUUAGUGUCGGUGUCAGAAGAGGUCCGCAGUCGGUGUCAUCUGAAACAUCGGACAGCCAACUAUAUGAUAUCGGAGUCCCCAUCAACAGAGAGUCUGAAUACUGAGCUGUCCUCUUCCCAGGGGGUGUCCCCCUCUGCUCCCCCUCCCACCACCACUGUAGUCACACCCCCUCAGAAUGCCCCGCCCACGACUGCCUCCACCCCUCUCCCACGGAGACAAAAGAGCUGUGACCUUCUGGACCAGAAUGCAAUGACGGCAGCGCGUAUGGGGAAGAAUGUGCAGCUCACGCAGAGUCAGUUCAAACACCUGUUGCAGGGCAAGAGCGUCAGCCUUGACCUUGAUCAAAAUUCACGGCCGCCGCUGACGAAAUUCCGCAGCAGUUCCAUGCCAACGCCAGGCAGCAACAAGCUGGAGUCCUCCAAAUCAGCCAUCCAGCAGCCGCGCAGUGGGCGGAGCUCCGUGUCCAAUGAGAACAACGUCCUCCUGGAUCCGGACAUCCUCAUGGACUACCCCACACAGGCUCUUGUCCUCACGGUCCUGGCAACACUUGUUCGGAACACAACAGAUGAGAACGAGACUAGAAUAUUGUACGAGUAUCUAGCUGAAGCCUCAGUCGUAUUCCCUAAAGUCUUUCCUGUAAUUCACAGUCUCCUUGACGCAAAGAUAAACAAUGUUCUGUCACUGUGCCACGACCAGGCCAUCCUCAAUGCAGUCCAGAGCAUCAUCCAGAACAUGAUCGCCUGUGAGGAUGCCUCCCAACAGCAGCUGUCCUACCUCCAGAGUAUUGGUUUUGGAGGUUUAUGGAGGUUCGCUGGUACAUUCACAAAGUCCUCGGGCAGCAGUGACACAGCGGAACUAUUUGUGAAUUGUUUAGAAAAGGCAAUGAUGGUUGAAUCAUGUCUCCCUGGUGAUGACCUUGACAUUCUCAAUCCUUACCCAAGCUCUCUGGGAAUAUCCUCCAAUCUGAAUCUGUCUAGUUCCAUGUCAAGUCUCAGUGUGGGGAGCAUGCACUCCCCGACGGACAAGGACAUUGUAGACAAAAACGGCACCAACGGCGGAAGGAUACGCCAUGCCUCUGCAAACAAUCUGCCAACCAAAAAUAGAGCAGGGAGUUUUAAACAGAAAGAAAAGAAAAAAUUAAUGGAACCAAUUGAAUGAGAUGUUGAUAAACACUGAGGUUGACUGUGAUUGGCUGAUGGCCACUGAUGUAUAUGAAGUGUAGUUGUAGACAGGAUAUGUGAGUUGUUCAUUGGUUGAUGGAAGUCAUGUGACAUUAAUCAUGAAUUAUGAUGAGCUUCUGACAGUGAGGUGGGAUGAUUCAGAGGCUGUGAUUGGCCAAAAGCUAGUCAUGUGACUUGUGGACGCUGUGUAAGGUAUCUGAAGGUUACCGCGACUGCCAUUGUACGCGAACUGUCGGAGGUAGCACGUUACCUGUCGUGGAAAUCCGAUUCUUGGGACCAGAGGGAUGUGGCGAGAGAUCCAUAGCGAUAUUUUAGCUGAAUGAGUUUCGAGAAUAUUUAUGUGGGGAGUGUGUGGAGAGAGUUUUAUGUACAGUUUAUCAAUUUUAUUUUUGAUUGCAGAUCUGUUGCCAUUGCCCAUGUAGAAAGUAGAUCACAGCAACCAACAUAUUCAUAACCUGGACAUAACACAUGUACAUUCAUUGUCAAUCAGCCAUCGGAAACUAUGCUAUCGUAUGUGCUGCUUUACAUCAGUCAGUAAAUGUUAUCUGUUAAACAUUUUUUGGGUUAUUCCUAUAACUUUUACCAAAAAGAGAUUUCAGUUGAGUUUUAAUCAAUUUAAGAUGAACUUUUAUCCAGUCCUUUUAUUAGUCCGAAAAUGGUAUUGAUACAUAUCUCUGUUUUUAAACCAUGGAACAGGAUAGUGAUUGUUCACCUCCUCUCAUAGAUGUCUGUACAGUUAUGAUCUAUUUUAAGAGAUUAACUAUAUUUUGAAAUGAAAGAUAUCUGUGAUAUUUAAACACAAUGCUAAUUCUUCCAGUUUCGAAAUUCUAUAGAAUAUAGGCUAUUGAGGGGGCUCGAAAUCCUGAAACCUACAUCGAUGCUAUGAGAAACAACUAUUGAUACAGGGUUAGACACGGACACUCGUCCGAGACAAAUGAAAAUCCAGAUGCACAAAUUGUUGUCUUUCAAAAACUAGAUAAUUUGCAUUGAACACUUGUCUGAAAUAAGCUGCUUACUGGUUGCAUAUAACAAAUGGCUUCUACCUCUGUGAUGCAUCAACUCUAACACAUGCUGUUCAAAGUCAGAUCCAGAGGGGGGUGUCCAGGGGGUCCGCACUCCCCCCUUUUCUUUUAUGAAAACCAAUAUAGUACAUGUAUGUUGUAAGCAGUAACAUUAUCCGAGAGAGGUUUUUGAUAUUUUGGACCACUCCCUUUUUAAAAUUCUGAUCCGCCCAUGCUGGUGGAAUAAGAAUCCUUUAUGUGCACAAAUUUGAAAGUUAAAUGAACACGUUUUAUUUUUCC